AUGAUUAUCAUUAAAAGAAGUUUUCACAAUUAUUUUGCUAAAAAUGCCCUAAAAAAUAUUUUAAAGAAGGAAAAUAUCAAUUAUAAUGAUAUAUAUAAGAAGAUAUAUAUUGGUAAUUCUAUUUAUAAUGGCCUAGGAGUUUUUUCAUUAGACAUAAUAAAAAAAAAUGAAGUAAUUGAAGUAUGUCCUACAAUUGAAAUAGAAAAUGAGCAAAUACCAAAAAUAUUAGUAGAUUGCUUAUUUGAAAGUGAACAAGAAAAUAUAAAUAAGAAAAUAGUUGAUAUUUUAACAAAAAAAAAGGAAACAACAAAUUAUAAACUUUUGCCGUUAGGGCAUGGAAUGCUAUAUAAUCAUUCUAGUACACCUAAUGCAUUUGUUCAAAUUUUUCCUAUUACUCAAAAAAAAGAAACAGUUACUUGCAAUAAAAUUAUGAUAUUCUAUGCUCAACAGGACAUACAAAAAAAUGAAGAAAUUUUUAUUUCAUAUGGAGAAUCCUGGUGGAAUGUAUGCAUAUAUUAUAUGUGUAACAUAAAAAAGAAAAAAGAAAAAAAAAAAUAA